UUUUAUUACUAAUUUGUUCAUCUUUUCUUUUCCUAAGGCAGUAAAGAAUGCUGAUGGAAGAACCAUUUUCCUAAUUUUCAAAUUGUUGAGCUUGUUGCCAUGAUGGAUGAUCAGCAAGCUUUGAACUCAAUCAUGCAAGAUUUGGCUGUUCUUCAUAAAGCCAGUCGACCAGCUUUAUCUUUACAGGAAACCAGAAAAACAAAAUCUUCAUCACCAAAAAAGCAGAAUGAUGUUCGAGUCAAAUUUGAACAUAGAGGGGAAAAAAGAAUCCUUCAGUUCCCCAGACCAGUUAAACUGGAAGACCUGAGAUCUAAAGCUAAAAUUGCCUUUGGACAGUCUAUGGAUCUCCAUUAUACCAAUAAUGAGUUGGUAAUUCCAUUAACUACCCAAGAUGACUUGGACAAAGCUGUGGAACUGCUGGAUCGUAGUAUUCAUAUGAAGAGCCUCAAGAUAUUACUUGUAAUAAACGGAAGUACACAGGCUACUAAUUUAGAACCAUUGCCAUCACUAGAAGAUUUAGAUAACACAGUAUUUGGAGCAGAGAGGAAAAAGCGGCUUUCUCUAAUAGGUCCCACUAGUAGAGAUAGAAGCUCCCCUCCCCCAGGAUACAUUCCAGAUGAAUUACACCAGGUUGCCCGGAAUGGGUCAUUCACCAGUAUCAACAGUGAAGGAGAGUUCAUUCCAGAGAGCAUGGACCAAAUGCUGGACCCAUUGUCUUUGAGCAGCCCUGAAAAUUCUGGCUCAGGAAGUUGUCCAUCACUUGAUAGUCCUUUGGAUGGAGAGAGCUAUCCAAAAUCACGAAUGCCUAGGGCACAGAGCUAUCCAGAUAAUCAUCAGGAAUUUUCAGACUAUGAUAACCCUAUCUUUGAGAAAUUUGGAAAAGGAGGAACAUACCCAAGAAGGUAUCAUGUUUCAUAUCACCAUCAAGACUAUAAUGAUGGUCGUAAAACUUUUCCAAGAGCUAGAAGGACCCAGGGGACCAGCUUCCGGUCUCCUGUGAGUUUCAGUCCUACUGACCACUCUUUAAGCACUAGCAGUGGAAGCAGUAUCUUUACGCCAGAGUAUGAUGAUAGUCGAAUAAGGAGAAGGGGAAGUGACAUAGACAAUCCUACUUUGACUGUAAUGGACAUCAGCCCACCCAGCCGCUCACCUCGUGCUCCAACCAACUGGAGAUUGGGCAAACUGCUUGGCCAGGGAGCAUUUGGCAGGGUCUACCUCUGUUAUGAUGUCGAUACAGGAAGAGAACUGGCAGUUAAACAAGUUCAGUUUGACCCUGAUAGCCCUGAGACCAGCAAGGAAGUAAAUGCGCUUGAGUGUGAAAUUCAGUUGUUGAAAAACUUGCUGCAUGAGCGAAUUGUUCAGUAUUAUGGCUGUUUGAGGGAUCCCCAGGAAAAAACACUUUCCAUAUUUAUGGAAUAUAUGCCAGGGGGCUCAAUUAAGGACCAAUUAAAAGCAUAUGGAGCUCUUACUGAGAAUGUGACUAGGAAAUACACCCGUCAGAUUCUGGAGGGCGUACAUUAUUUGCACAGUAAUAUGAUUGUUCAUAGAGAUAUCAAAGGUGCAAAUAUCCUGCGGGAUUCAACAGGCAACGUCAAACUAGGAGAUUUUGGGGCCAGCAAACGGCUUCAAACCAUCUGUCUUUCAGGGACAGGGAUGAAGUCUGUCACAGGCACACCAUACUGGAUGAGCCCUGAAGUAAUUAGUGGAGAAGGCUAUGGCAGAAAAGCAGACAUCUGGAGUGUGGGCUGUACUGUGGUGGAAAUGCUAACUGAAAAGCCUCCUUGGGCAGAAUUUGAAGCUAUGGCUGCCAUCUUUAAAAUCGCCACUCAGCCAACAAACCCAAAGCUGCCACCUCAUGUCUCAGACUAUACUCGAGAUUUCCUCAAACGGAUCUUCAUAGAGGCCAAACUGAGACCUUCAGCUGAUGAACUGUUAAGGCACAUGUUUGUGCAUUAUCACUAGCAGCCAGUAACCUCUCCUGUGCCUCUACCCAGCUCCCAUCAAUUCAUUCACCUUCUCUCUGACUGCACUUUUCUUUUUUAUAAAAAAGAGAGAUGGGGAGAAAAAAAGACAAGAGGGAAAGUAUUUCUCUUGAUUCUUGGUUAAAUUGUUUAAUAAUAGUACCCUAAAUUUUUUAUAUUUAAUCUUUUUUUCCCUUACAAGAACUUGAAACUCCUUUUUUUUUUUUAAUUUUUUAUAAUGUACUGAUGUGGUUCAGAGAGAUAAAGCACUUUAGUACAUAGUUGCUCUUUUUAGUACAAACAAAUCAUUUAGAAUACCUAAGGAUUGUAGAAUCUUUCCCCAUGUCACUAACAGAUUGGUGGUGAUGGGGAGACAUGGAAAACAAGGAGAAGAAAAUGAUGUAUGAUUUGUAGUUUUUAGUGAUUAGUAUUUAAAAUAGGUCCUCAUUUGUGGGGUUGAGCCCUAAACUUGAGUUUAGGGUAGGUACUCAACUUAAAGAAUAUAGGUUCCUUCUUAGAUCUGUAUUCUUUAGAUCUAACCUCUGUCUACCAAGCUUUUUGCUCAGUAGGAAUCUUGAUAUAAAAUACGAAUCUCUAAGAGGUAUGUUUAUUUGUUAAUCCUAACCAGUAUAAUAAGCAAAUACACUAUAAUAGAUCCAUGUUACUGGAAUCUGUAAACCUUGAGGGAUAGCUUUCUGCUUAAAAAAAAAAAAAUACUAUUUUAGAGUAAAGCAGAUAUGGGAAGUCAGUGAGCAAAUCCAAAUUAAAAGGCAAAAAGAGAUUGCUCUAAUCCAGUGUGUGGGCAGAAGAAUCCACAUUUGCCAGUUAAUAGAAAUAAUGAAAAGAACUAAAUGUUGUUUAGUAUAUUUUAAACUAUGGUCUUUAUUGGAGGGAGGAAGUUCCAAAAUUAAGGGAAAAGAGAAAUAAUCAAAAUCAUGUAUACUAUAUCUUCCUAUUUCUAACUCCUAAUUCACCAUAGAUAACAUUCUUUGGGAACUAAGAAUUUAACUUGGGGUAUCCACAUGUUAAAGCUAGUGUCAUGAGAUAAAAAUCCUCAUUCUUGGGAUCACAGAAUACUAAAGCACCUCAAAAAAUAGCUACUGUGUAAAAUAGUGGUUCACCAGUGUUGGGUGGGGAUAAUUUUGCUUUGCAUUUGGCAAUGCCUGGAGACAGUUUUUCAUGUCACAACUAGAAGGAUGCUAGUGGCUUUGGGUAGUCUUGAGGCCAGGGAUGCUGCCAAAAAAACUACACUAUACAAAUACAGCAUCCCCCUCUGCCAACAAAAAAUUAUCCUGACCAAAAUGUUGAAAGUGCUGAAGUUGAGAACCUGAUGCAAAGACCAGCCCCAGUUAUAAACUGAAAAUAGCCAUUUACAGAGUAGAUUCCUUGCUAAAAGUAAAUUUCAGAGAGAAAAUGAUGCAAUGCAAAAUAAGGGUUUUACAGGAGCAGAUACCACUACUUCAAGUCAAGGGUGAACAAUCUCAGCAAACAUCAAAUAGCAAUUCUUUCCUUACCAGCUGUGUAUUACACCCAAAUCAAUAACUUCCAUUGUAGAAACAAAAUGAAUUUAAAUAUGGAGCCUAUUAAACCCAGCCAUCUGUAUAUAUUCUUUCCUCAAAAGUCAGUUCAUAAUUGUGGGAAAAGAAAAGCAUAUCAGAACAAACUAUUAACUACUUUAUAGGAAGGUUUAAAACUGCCAGGUAUUUCUAGUGUAACAUAUCCACCAAGAGCAAGGACAUCCAGUGGAAAGAGGCAGCUGGGAAACUCCCACUAUCUCUGACUUCUGCUACUGAAAAAUAUGAAUUUAGCUACUUGCAGUUUGCUUCAGCA